ACAGGCAGUCGUGGAUCAAAGUGGUGUGUCAAUGUGUGAAAGUGUGGUGUUGUAUGUGAUUUGUUCUCGGGAUAGUUUGUAUUGUCAAAUGGAAUUAAUAUGACGUCGCGUUGAGACCAACACCUACCUAUUUAAGGACACUAAAAAAAAGUCUACUAUCAUUAAGUAGGGUCAUAAAUUAUGUAUUGGUAUUAGUCUGGUUAGCUCAGUUUAACCUUACCUUCGCUUGAGCCAACAUUCACAGUGAGGAUUUGAACUUUAGAUGACAGCAGAUUGAAGAUAUAGGCUAUAGCCCGGGCAAAACGCGACCUGUUGGUCAAAAUAACAAGAAAUUGUAAUUGGGUGACAUCAGACGUAGGCUUACUGUUAAAGCCAUGUUUGUUUCAAAACAAAUUAAAUAUUUCGUUUUUCAUUCAACAGUCGCCGAUCUUUUUAAGUUUAUAAAAUCCUAGUUUUCCCUUUUAAAACUUAUUUAUUGCGGCACACAACAGAGCAUCAAAGUAAGUGCGCUUAAUUUUAAACAAUACACCUAGUGCGCUGGGCCUAAACAUGAAAGUUGAGCGGCGAAAUGUAACGGAAUUGUCGCUCUUGAAAAUUAAAUUGAUUGUCUAGGCUUGGAACCAAGACAAUGCUGAAAGCUCCAGUCAGUUACCGCCCUGUCGUCCUACUUCUGUUAACUGUGAUCAGCCUUCCAGCAUCACCCUGGGAGCUUCCAGACAGCAGCCUGUCGCCUGGUUCCAGAGCUUUGUACCUGAACCAGUUCGCCGUUCAGCUGAGAACAGGAGGGCAUGACGUCGCCCUUCUCUUGGCCAGUCAGUAUGGAUUCACUCUUAGAGGGGAGCUCCCUAAUACCAAAGUGUUUAUCCUUGAACAUGACAAUGUACCGAGUAGAUCCAAACGAAGCGCGUCAUCCCAGUUACAAAAUCUAAGGGGCGAUACACGGGUCAAGCACGUGCAACAGAUGAUUCCCCUCAGUCGUCACAAAAGAAACGUUCUCAGCAGAGGUGAUGAAGCGUUACGUGACGUCAACUCGUCUGGCCAAGCAUUUAACGGGAAUAAAUUCAAUUUUUCUGAUCCCAAAUUUAAGAACAUGUGGUACCUGGUUAACGAAGGACAGGGCGGGGGUGAUAUAGGUCUGGAUUUGAAUGUGGGCGUGGUUUGGCAAAAUGGUUAUACUGGGAAGGGCGUGGUUGUUUGUAUACUGGACGACGGUAUUGAUCACACCCACCCUGACCUGACUAACAACUACGAUUCUAACGCCAGCACAGAUUUGAAUGACCUGACAGAUUCACGGAAUGACCCGAUGCCAGAUUUCUCAAACACGCAGAACAGCCACGGAACAAGGUGUGCUGGCGAAGUGGCCGCUGCAGCUAACAAUGGUGUGUGUGGUGUUGGCGUCGCCUAUGAUGCCAGGAUUGGUGGUGUUCGCGUUCUUGACGGUAUCAUCACGGACGCCCUAGAAGCCGAGGCACUGAGUUUCAAUAAGAAUUAUAUAGACAUUUAUAGCGCCUCCUGGGGGCCGAGUGACGAUGGGGCAACUAUGGAAGGGCCGAGACAUCUCGUCCUGGAAGCUCUUGCUGAUGGAGUAUUGAAUGGUCGGGGUGGGCGGGGUUCUAUUUUUGUGUGGGCGGCUGGCAACGGCGGCGAGCUGGCAGACGACUGUGGCGCUGAUGGCUACGUGUCGAGGCCAGAAACUCUGACAGUUGGGUCGGUCGACGGCUGGGGGAGAAGACCCUACUACAUGGAGAGAUGUGCUGCUAUUCUGGCCGUGGUUCCUACUGGAGGGGGAGACUACCCCAGUCAGGGAGACAGCCAUGUGAAAAAUAAUAUAAUCACAACAGAUUUGAACGGCGGAUGUAAUGAACUAUUUCAAGGAACUUCUGGUGCUGCCCCUUUAGCGGCUGGCUGUAUUGCCAAUAUCUUACAGGCAAAUCCUACCCUUACUUGGCGAGAUGUCCAGCAUAUCGUCGUGCGUGCUGCUCGGGUCCCUUCAGCAGACGGCAACUGGACAAUCAAUGGAGCGGGUCACCACGUCAGUCACAGUUUUGGGUUUGGGCUGAUGGACUGUGGUAGGAUGGUCCAGUUGGCCCAGUCAUGGACCCGUGUUCCGGAGCGUCGAAUGUACAACAUUACCAGUACAAAAUAUCACCUGCUGCCGGCAUAUGGCACACUCAGUGACGAGCUUGUGGUCACUACCUGUCAACCUGCUGAAACUUGUGUAGACACGGUGGAACAUGUCCAGGUUUAUGUGCGAAUGGCGAGCAGACGGAGGGGCGACCUUGAGAUAUCGCUCACGUCUCCCACAGGAACCAGGUCCAGGCUCCUGUCUCCACGGCCGAAUGACCGUUACAGUGGUCAGUGGGAGUUCACCUUCAUGACUGUCCACAACUGGGAUGAAGCGCCACAAGGACGUUGGCGGUUGGAAAUAAGGGAGAUAAAACACGAGUCACGACCUAGAUCUGAAUUAAACGAAGGAGUUCCACUCAGUAACCUCCAGGGGUGGAGUUUAAUUUUGUUCGGCACACAGACGAACAGCACGUCUGACAAAACUGGUUCGGCUACAUACCCGACAGAGCAAGACAUGCGCAAAGUCAAGGACAACGAGUUCUUAGCGCUGAAAAACACGCACGUGCUAGAAGCGAACGAAUCCAGUGCUUUCUACAGCAGAGGCACCACCACCAAAACAUUACACGCAGCGCAUCUAAAGCAGCAUAUCCCGUCAGGCAAUGAAAAGGCGAUCAAGAAAAGAAAAUUAGAGCCUCUACCCGCUCAUAGUUUUUCGCAAUCUGUCGAAAGCCGUGAAUUAGUAGAGGAAUUGAUACGUCUACUAGAGGAAUUAAAAAAUUGAAUGGCUAGGAGUAAAGAUGCUUUUACUUUAAUUUUCUGGUACAAAAAUAGCUUUAUUAAAGUUUAGCACACACUGAAUGUGGGAAAUGAGCCCUCUAUGUUUAGUUGGUCCCUCAGUAAGAUUAACCCCCAUUUUGUACCGGGAUAACUUUACAUUGUGUGACAUCAAGAGUAAGGAAUGUGGACCUUGUCUGUAUUAAUUAUUGAGGCAGGUUGCUCAUUUAGCAA